AUGCGGAGGGCAUUAUUCUUUUUGUUUGGUGCAGGUGGAACACAAGGUGGGGUCAAGAAGCUCACACACGAAAAUCCUAUUCCGUAUAAGAAAUGGUUUCUCGAGGAAAGCACUCGAGCUCUUUUAAAUCCCAUUCAUCACCCAUUGGUUACAGAGUAUUUUCUUCGACUAAACCAAAGGCGUUUGGAAAUUGAAAUUUUGCAAGAGCAGGGUCAAACAGACGCAUUACGUGCAUUGAGAAAUAAGGUCGAUGGAAAGCCCUUUGAUCAUGUUUUGUGGAAUAUUCAAUACCGAGAGGAAAUUGAUGUUGCUGAAGAAAUCUCUGGUUAUUUGGUCAAACUGAAUGAGAAUGUAAAAUUGAGAGAUCAAAUUCUUUUGGAAAAGGAUUCAGUUGGGGAAGAUCGAGAUCUUUUAUCGAUUUUGGAGGAAGAUAUGGAGUCUCUCUUAAACCAAGUACGGAAUAUGGAUGAUUGUGUGAAUGGCGUGAUGGCACGUCGUCUUGAAUCUAGUGAUACACUAGGAUCAUCAAGUCGUGCGUGGGUAUUGGAGGUGACCGGGAAAGCGGGUGGUGAAGAGGCUUCUUUAUUUGCCGCAGAGCUGGCGGAGAUGUACAGGGAAUAUUCUACUGGCGUAAGAAAUUGGCGUAUUGAGGAGGCUGAGAAUGGAGCAGGAGGAGCAGCUGGUGGUGGUGGUGGCGGUGGUGAUGCCUCUGCGUUGAGCGCGCCGGCACUGGCCAGUACCGGGGUAAAAUUUAAGGCUAUAGGUGAUAAUGUGUACCGCAAUCUUCGCCAUGAAAUUGGCGUUCAUAAGGUGCAGCGGGUUCCUCUUACCGACCAAGAUGGAAAGAUGCAAACUUCUACGGCUGUUGUGACACUUAUGCCCGUACUUGAUCCUGUGUCUGUGAAUGUUCACGAGAAUGACUGCAAAAUUGAGUUUGUGAGAGGUUCUGGUCCUGGUGGCCAGGGUAUGCAGAGUAGUUCAAACGCAGUAUGUCUCACACAUAUACCCUCUGGCAUUUCCGUGAAGUGUCAUCAGUCACGGUCUGCGCUUGGAAACAAAGAAAUUGCUUUACAACUAGUUGCCCAACAAUUGUUAGCACAACGUGUCAAGGAUCAAAACUCUUCCCUUCACGAAGCCUGGAGAAACCAAUGGAGUAGUGGCGAAAGAUCCGAUAAGAUGCGUACAUACAACUAUCCCCAGAAUCGAGUGACUGAUCACCGACUUGGCAAGGAUUUUCCCUUGAAUACAUUUAUGGAAGGUGGUAAUGGACUAAAGGGCCUGCACGAUGAUUUGAAUGCGGCAGAAGACAGAAAACAGUUGGUGACGGUGUUGUUGCGACACAUAGAGGGUGAAUUUGGUAGUGCGGUGUAA